AUGUUUGAAAAGCAUUUCAUGGAGCCUGCUCCUGGCAAACUGAGGACAGUUGCAGAGUUCGCACUUGGAACCGAGUUUGCUGCAAUUGCCGGCUGCCGCAGUCUCUGGAUCCGGAGCCCAAGAGGAGCAGCAGCAGCAGCAGGGAAGGCAAGGCAAGGCAGGCAGGCAGGCGCCGCGGGACAUGAUGUUUCCUCAAAGCCGGACUCGGGUUCCUCUCAUCUGCCACAGCAGCUGAAGUUCACAACGUCAGAUUCUUGCGACCGGAUCAAAGACGAGUUCCAGCUCCUUCAGGCUCAGUACCAUAGCCUGAAGUUGGAAUGCGAUAAACUUGCAAGUGAGAAGUCAGAAAUGCAGCGCCAUUACGUGAUGUACUAUGAGAUGUCCUACGGGCUCAACAUCGAAAUGCACAAACAGGCUGAAAUUGUCAAGCGGUUAAAUGGAAUCUGUGCCCAGGUCUUGCCCUACCUUUCGCAAGAGCACCAACAACAGGUCCUGGGAGCCAUUGAGCGAGCCAAGCAAGUGACCGCACCAGAGCUGAACUCCAUUAUCCGGCAGCAGCUUCAGGCUCACCAGCUCUCCCAGCUCCAAGCUCUCGCUCUUCCCUUGACUCCACUGCCAGUGGGAUUGCAGCCUCCAUCUCUCCCCGCCGUCAGCGCAAGCACUGGGCUCCUCUCUCUCUCUGCCCUGGGCUCCCAAGCUCACCUGUCCAAGGAGGACAAGAACGGCCAUGACGGCGACGCUCACCAAGACGACGACGGAGAGAAGUCAGAUUAGGGUGGAGUGGCCAGGGUGGGAUGGGACGGGGUGGGGAAUCGGGAUCUGGGGUGGGGCAGUGAAGAGGAAAACAUGCGGUAUUUGCUCUGGCGGGUGCUCGUCGGAACUGCGAAUGGUGUUUGGCGGGGCGGCGAAGGGGGAGGAGCCUCCCCAGUGAUGCCCCUCCCCUUCCACCAUCUGAAUGGGGUGCCAGUUGCCUUACCCCAUCCACCAUUGCAGCAAUAACAUUUUGGCCCUUCGCCCCUCUCCACCCGCACGCGAGCGAUAACCUCCAGGAUAUUUCGUUGCACUGCAGGUUGUCCAUGUAUAGUUUUGUGUUUCCGGGGUGUGUGGGGUGGGGGGUACAGGAUGACGACUGAGCUUGCCCUCUUCCUCGUUUCUCCCCGAUUUCCAUCUUUUAAGUUCCAUGUUUGAAUAUGGGUGUUGGUAUCCCGACCGUAACGUUUUAGCGAUAGCUCCAGUCUUGCGGUGAUUCUCCUCUGGAACAGUAUGCUGUGUGGUAACCCGGAGACUUUUGACCCCUACUUUGGUGUGCUUGUAACUCAGUGUUUGUACAAAAAAUUUAAAAAGGAGGGGCAUAGGUUGGAGGAGGACUUGUGUAAGGGGGAAGAGGAUGUGAUGUUCUUACUUAGCAGUCCCGAUUCAAAUGGAACCAUAGGAGAGAGAAAGAGAUCCGUGCGGAUUCCAACUUUCCCCCAAAAUCCCGCAGAAAAGUCCCGCUGGCAUGUUCAGCUUGGCAAGCACUCGCCAGAAAUGAUGGGUAGAAAGUGGGCUGGGAUUCAUCGGUUGAUAGGGGAAGGUUUUAUAGCAGCUCAACAAACUCGUUUGAUUCCGAUUGCCAAUUAAACCCCAUUUUACUGACUUUUUAAAACGAUGUUAUCCAUAUAUACCCAAUCUGUAGUACCUUGGACCGUUCCCAUCCACAGGGAUUCGGUUCCCCACCACCACAGAUGGUAAAAACACAGAUGGUUGUAGCUUGUUUUUUUCAGUGGUUGCAACUUGCGUGCAGAUGCAUCCGCACAUCCGCAUGCAUGCACCGCCAUUGAAUAAUAAACGGUGUGGCAGUUCACAGGUGGUCAAAUCCAUAGAUGGGUAACCUGCCAAUAAAAAAGCAUCCUUUGAGUUUAGGAAUGUUGCCAUUUUGGAUUACUACUACUAGAAUGCUUCCUCACCAGCGUGGCUCCAUAUUGGUGGGAAGCAUUCUGGGAGUUGUAUUCCAAAAAAGUGAACUCUCCAGGCAGACACAGAUUUGGACAUGUCAUGGUAGUUGUAUUCCUAAGAAGUGAACUUUUCCGAGCAGACAUAAAUUUGGACAGGUCCACGUCCCAAUUAUCUCAAGGCGCCACUCAUGGGGUGGAGUCAGUCAUUGGCCCAUCCCCUGAGUUGAUGAUUGACAUCUAGCAUCUCCCCUACCCCAGCUAACGCACUAUUUUGCAUCUGAUUGAUGGACUUUGGAGUUUCAGUUUUUCAAAAACGAAGUAGAUACGCUUGUUUUGUCCGUUUGCCUGUGAGUUGCAAUGUUCAGCUCUGGACAUGGUCACACAGAGAGCGGCUGCGUUCCCAGAGGCCUUUUAUUCAGCCUCCCUCUAGUACUGGGAUGGGGAACCUUGUGUCGUUUUGGACUCCCAGCGCCCAUGUUUACAGCCCUGGUGAGGAUGAUAAGAGCUAUUGUCCAGGCACAUGUGAAGGACUGUUUCCGAAGUUGGUGAAGAUCUUGAGACAGGCCUUCCAAUUUGAAUCGUAAUGAUUGUGUUGUGCAAUUGGGCGCCUGUAUUUGCAUCUAGUAAAUUGUGCAAAUGGGUCCCGGUAUUUGCAUCAGUGUGCAAUUCCAUCGGCUUGCUCUUUACUCCACCUAUUUAUGGGGUGGGGGUUUAGUUUGCAGAAACAGAAGCUUGAAAAAUUGUGUGUCGAGGUGGUUGGUUGUCCAUCACAGAGCCUGUUCUCCCUACCUUUCUCCCUCAAAGAUAAGUUAUUCUCUCUCUUAACCAGUGAUGUAGUGGAAAAUGUUGAAGGCAAUCAUCAUGAUAGACCCUAUAGUUGCUCAUAAAAGUCAGCCAGGAUGAACAAUAUCCGGCUUAGGGAUGGAAAGGCCCUUCAAAAAUGUUCAAGCAGUUGUCAAAAACCGUUUUUCGAAUGUCGAAAACCCCCACGGAGAAUAAUCUUGGACCGAUGGGAAUCUUAGCAGUUUGGGACAAAUUCUGCACAAAACUCACAGAAAACUGAAUUUUCUGUGCAAGGAAUGCUAUGUCUGUGCAGAAAAUGCUGUAAUUGGGGACUUAUUCUGCACAAAAUUGGCACCGGGGGGGGGGGGUUCCUUAGAAAACAAUUUUAUCUGCGCAAGGACCAGCUUUUUCUGUACAGGCAGUUAUGCACAGAAUAAACCAGUGAUAGUUGAAACCGGUUCAAAAGUGCUGUGACUUUGGUUGUGCAGGAAGACACAAUGUGAUUUUGGGUUACAACAGGGAUAGCUCGUCAUAAUAUGUGACUGGGCAGACCCGUUUCUGUCUCCUGCCAUUGUAUUCAUAGCAGCUAAAAAUAGAGGGGAAAGAGGAGUCCAAGGAGGGGUACAAGUGAUGUCCUGGAUCCUGUUCAUCCAAAAGGUCCAAGGGCUUUGACCCACAGAGCCCUGGCUCCAUUACACUACUACAUUCAUUCUCAGAAAUUGUUCCGGUUUGACUCCAAAUUGUCAGUCCCUAUCCUGAUCCCUUCCUUCCUUGCUUCCCGCGUAAAAUUUCUGCAGUAUCUCUCAUGAGGUUCUGGAAGUUGUCCUAGUCCACCCCCUUUUAUGCCGCGGCGGACGUUGGCUCCCCUAUCAGCGGUGAAUCCACACCAGGUUGUAGCCUUUUCUUUAAAGGAGUUUAUCCUUAAGCCAUGGGUGGGCAACUGCAGAAAGCUAGGGGGCACACCAAGGUCCAAGAGACCUUGACGAGCCGCACACCCCACAUUGCAGCCGUUCCUGCAAAAAUAAAAAUUGACAUUUUAUUUUUGCCUCCAAACACUUUCUUAGGGGAGGUGGCAGGGAGAGGCAUUUCCACCUUGUUGGGGGACCAGGGCUUUUUUGUUUGUUUGUUUCAAAAAUGGCCUCUCCAGGGCGUAGAUUAGCCGAGGUGGGAGGCAAAUAUACUGUAUAGUAGACCCUUACCAUUUGCUGGGUUUAGGGGCUCAAGACUAUCGUGAAUGUGGAAAAAAGGCAAAUUAAAAACAACCACUAUUUUUAUACCUCUCUAGGAAUUUCUAGGUCCUCCAGCACAACUCUAUGGUGAACGUCCUCCAGCAGUUGACCAUAGAAUUAUCCUUGGAAGUACUUACAAAUGCCCAGAGGAGUGUUUUCUAGGAACCUCUCGGUCCUCCAGCAUGACUCUAUGGUCUGCCUCUGGGGGACGUUGACCAUAAUGGAGUCGCGCAGGAGGACUUAGAGAUCCCUAGAGAUAACAUGUUGAUCAAAUUCGUGAAUAGCCAAAGCCGCAAAUGUGAAGGGCCAACGGUAGUUGCUCCUACAUCCCAUACACAGCAUUUUGGGGCCAGAAAAUCUGAAACAUUUUGCAAAAAGUUUGUUUGGGGUAUUCAAUGUGGGGGAAAUGCCCUUCAAGCCUCUUCUAAGAGAGCAUUUUGGAAGGAAAAAAAAAAUGCCCCUCGGGGGUCAUAAAAAUGGUUUACAUGUUCAGCGGGCUGACACAAGUGGUGGCAAUGCCCCAUAAACCUCCUUAGGGGGAAUUCUGGAGGGGAAAAAAUGCCCCGUGCGGAUCAUACAAAUGGCUCUGCGCUUUCCUCGCCCCUGUCCUACACAGAUUCUAGGCUUUCAAAGGUACCGAACCUUAUCCCUAAAUAUUAUUCCAAUUCCAGGGUCCUGAACUCUAUUCCUAAAUAGGUUCGGCACUCGGGGAAGCAGUGGAAAGCCUGGAAAGCUGGAGUGGAAGCCGCCACUGCUGCCCUUCCGUAAGCCCCCCUCGCUGCCUCUUUCCUCCCCGCCAGCACCAUUUCCGAUGGCGAGCACCUUUGUCAUUAUGCAUGUAUCUUGUUUUUAAAGUAGCACAGAAGCAAAAAUUUUUAUAUAUAUAUAUAAAUAUAUAAAUAUAUUAGAUCUGUAACCCUCCCACCCGCCCCGCUUUCCUGGUAAAGCUCUCGACGGUGUGUCAUUUUCACUCCCUUGCUUCCUAUCUCUUCCCAACCGUCCCUGAAUUUCCUGGUAAAUCUGGAAUUUUUCUAAUGUAACAAUGGCUAAAUAUCCCCCCCCUUUUUUCCCAUUGCCCCUUUUGAGUUUUCUUG